UGAAAACUGCGCAGUUGAAACUUCUAGAAAAGGGGUAGGUCACACAUCAGCUUUCAAACAUCUUUUCUUGCAAAUUAUGUCGAAGACAAGAUCGAAAUUGGUGAUAGACACAGACUGUGGCAUCGACGACGCUAUGGCCAUAAUGCUGGCCCUCAGUGCUAAAGAUGUCUGCGAUGUGGUGGGAAUAACAUGUUGUUUUGGAAACUGCACUUUGGACAAUGCCUGCAAAAACGUCAUGCGUGUACUCACGCUUUGUGGAGAGACUAAUAUACCAAUUUACAGAGGGUGUCGUUCUGCUUUUAUCAAUAACGACAAACUAGGAACAGUGCAUGGUUCUGAUGGACUAGGAAACCGCGGACAUGAGUUCUCUACCGGCGGUUUAACAGAAAGUGAAAUUCCAGCAACGUUUGCUCUCAUAAAAAUGGCGAAAGAACAUCCCAAAGAAAUAACGUUGGUAGCGAUCGGGCCGCUGACCAACUUAGCGAUGGCUCACCGAAUAGAUCCACAUUUUACUGAAAAUUUGAAGUCCAUUGUGAUAUUAGGAGGCAACUACAAAGGAAUAGGAAACGCUACUGAUACAGCCGAGUUCAACUUCUACUGUGAUCCGGAAUCUGCAAAUAUAAUACUUACGGAGGCUGCUUGCUCAGUCGUUUUAGUGCCGUGGGAGACGGUGUUGGAGCACGGAAUGGAAUGGGAAGACUAUACAAACUGGGUUAAUACAGAAACUAAUAAAGGCAAGUUUUUAAAAAUCGUAAGUGAACAGCUGGCAUGUGAAGAAAAAAUACAAGGCUCCCGACAGUUUUAUGAUUGCGAUUUUUUAGCUGCAGCUGCUGUCUUGUAUCCAGAUUGCAUAUUAGCAAGCAUCAAAACUCCGGCUUCAGUAGAAAGUUAUGGGAGUUUGACGAAAGGACUUACUGUUAUCCAUAGAAAACCAUCAAGUGACGAUAAGAAAUGCAUCGAUAUUAUAAUUCGUUUUGAUGAUGUUCUUUUACGAAAAUUGAGAGAAAAGAUAUUACAAUAAAAUAUUAGCAAGGGGAAGUAAGUAUGAAUGUUUUAAUGUGUUGGAGGAUUUAACAAAAACGUGUGGAAUUUCACAAAAGAUGCACACUAACGGGAUGGAAAGAUAAACCGUCUGCUCACUGAUGCUAUGGAAUUCGGAAACGUCUAGUUAAGUGGAAUCUAUAUGAAUGAGGGGGGAAAGUAAAAAAUUUUUGAUGCUCGUGUUUCGCUCAUUUCAAUGCGACUGUUUAAUUUAGAGGCACACAUUUGUAAAAGUUGACACCCCUGAAAACUAAAAUGCGUCCAUUUCCGCCUGUAAACAGGAUGUUAGCCUUUCCACCUCAUCAGUGGCCAGACAGUAUGAGGAAUUCAGAACUAAAGUGCGAUCAAGUCCAUUUUGACUUGAUGCACUUAAGUUCUGAAUGACAGUAGAUUUUGGCAACGAAAUGCUACUUACAUAAAUGAG